AUGCGCCUCGAUGCAGCCUUCGGAGUGGUCACAGACCUACGUCUUGGCUUUGUCGGCGGCCUCUGGCCUACGAUUAUAGCAAUCUGGCAUGUUUCCUACUUACUCUUCCAACCUCUUGAGAUAUCCCGCAUUUUCAUCGCUGACGAAGCCGGAAGGGCGGUCAAAAAAGGGCUCAUCACUCCACACGCCUAUGGCGUUGUGCUAGACCUCGGUGCAGGACACGGCCACACCGUCAACUACCUCGACCAUUCGCGUGUUACGAAAUACGUAGCUGUAGAACCCAACGUGCAUAUGCAUGCAAAGCUGCGCCGUACUGCCUCUGCUGCUGGGUACAACGAAGAUAAUGGAACACUUCUCAUCCUCCCUUGCGGUGCUGAAAAUAUCUCUACCACCCUUUCCUAUCUUCCUGCGCCGCACCCACCUGUAGACACACUCAUAUCUGUCCUCACUCUCUGCUCCAUCCCCUCGCCACAAUCCACCAUCUCUUCAUUGGCUGCGGAGGUGCUGAAACCUGGGGGUCAGAUUUUGUUCUAUGAACAUGUGCUCAGCGAGAGGGAGGAUACAUCGUUGUGGGGUAUUGAUGUUGGGGGAUGGGUGCAGGGAGAAGGAGGUAUUUGGGGGAAGGAAGGGGAGGCUGGUGAACAUCUAUUUUGGCACCGAGUGGGGAGAUUGGUUAAGGCGUGA